AUUGUUUCUCUGCUGUAUUUCCGCUUCCGUUCCUAACAAUCUUUCUCUUUAGACUUUUUAAAGUUUCUUGAAUGAGUUAAUCAUUUUUUGAUAUAUUUUAUAAUUUAUAAUAAUUGUCAACAAAUGAAUCUGUUACAUUUGGAAGACGCUGUCGAUGACAACCCACAAGCCUUAAGCUUAUUAAGCUUACAUGAAAGAGACUCUCAGACCCUGAAAAAGUAUAUAGGUGGUAUGCAAUUUUGCCUCAAACGGGUGUUACAAGCUUCCGAAGAGACAAGCUCAUCAUUAAGAGCCUUGGCUCAACACUUGCAUGCUUUUGAGCAACAACCUUUUCACAUAGCUCAAGAAAAUACGAGUUUAAUUGAUAUCUUGCAUGAUAUUGCAAAAUAUUCUGAGGAAAUGAGCAGCAUAUAUCAAGUCAUGUGCACUCAGAUCGGUGAUAACGUAACAUCUGCAGUAAAUAGAUUUUUGCAAAACGAUCUUGAAGAAAUGUCGGGCUUCACUGAGAUGGUUGCCCGAAACAGAGCUGAGUACGAAGCAUCACUCAAUAAGUAUCUGAAGCUUUCUAAGAAGAGAGACUCAGAUAAACUAGUUGCGGAAUGUCGUACCGAACUAGAAACAGCUCAACACCGCCUUGAACUGGCAUCCUUACAGCAUUAUUCGAAUUUGAAUACUUUACAAUAUUCUCGUUCAUCGGCCAUAUUAGAACCAUUAGCUGGUUUGUUAGCUUGUCAUAGAACCCAUUUUUCAGUUGGUCAAUCUACCGCCGAACAAGCAAAAGAUAUUGCAAAUGUAGCUGAUAGCGUUGUGGCAGCAAGUACAUCAAAACGAAACAACUAUAUGCAAUAUACUGCACAAAAAACAUCAGCUCUUGAGCAAUCGGCUCAUAAAAUGAGAGAAGCACAGGAUGAUAUUCCACCUGAGACUAAUCUUUCUACAAAAAUGGGAUACGUAUUGCAAAGAUUUAAACCGUCCGUUUUAAGUGGGGCAAAAUGGGAAAAAGGAUAUUUAUCUAUCGUAUCUGAAAAUUUAAUGUGGCAGGGAGGAAAUGAUAUAGCCUGUUCCUCUCUUCUGGAUUUACAAACCGAUGUUAAAGUAACUGCAUCAGAAGCUGACGAUAGACGAUUUGUUUUCGCGGUAUCGAAGUCAAACAGAGUAUUUACUUUCCAGGCGUUCAGCUACAAAGAACAGUUGGAAUGGAUAAGCGCCAUAAACAAUGCUAGUAAGAUAGCGAAUUCGGGUACACCAGCUCAGAGUCCAGCCUUAAGCGCCCCUUCAAAAACAUUCGAACCAGAUAGAUCAAUAGAAUUUGAAAUUACGGAAGGAAUUGAGAAGCUAGGCUCUUCUCUGCCAGAGGAAUCUUUUGUAAAAAUUGACUCAGAUGGCAAUUUAGAGAGAAAAAAUCCAUUUGCUUCCACAGAAACUGAUAAUGACGACUAUGAUGUUAGGUUUCUCGGUAGUAUGCAAGUCAAUUCGGACGUAGGAUCAUCAGUAAUACUUGAGGCAAUAAGACAAGUUAUGGCUGCCAGAGCAAUAAAAAAUGUAUUUAAAGUAGCAGAGACAAAAAUACGAAUAAACAUCAAAGGAUUCUGUACAAUCGAGCAGUCAGAUGACUCAAUUAGAUGUUAUUUUCCGCUUUCCGAUAUUGCCUCUUGGUCAGUUCAUCCUGAUAAUUCAAGAAUGUUUGGUAUUAUAACAAGAAAAACAACAGAUAACGGUCGACUAUUCCAUUGUCACAUUUUUGAAGCGAAUAAUUGUGCUCAAGAGAUUCAAAAAUCUUUAGAGAAAAACACUCAAAUUGCAUAUCAAAGAGUUUUGGAAGCUCAAGCAGCAGAGCGAAUGAAAGAAAAGAAUGUUUACGGUGAACAAUUAAGUCAAUAACUGUUUUUAUAAAAAUUUCUUUAAAUCAACGAAAUUCUUAUGGAAAAUAUUGCUAAUCUGCCCGAUAGGACACCUUCUGAGCCAUCCGAAACUGAUCCAGAAAUUUCUGCAAGUGAAGGAUAAUAAUCUUCAAACUAUAUAUAUUCUAUAUAUAUAUAUAAAUAUAUAUAAUUUAUAUAUACUUAUAAAAUAUUCGCAUAACAACUUUAUCUAACCUUUAAAACAAAAAACAACCAUUAUUUUCACAUUCCAUUUAAACAGAGCAUAACUUGUUUAACGAUAAAAUUUUGAAUUAUAAAGAUGUACACAAUACUUUUUAUUUGCUUGUGUAUAUCUUUUAAUUAGUUAUUACUAAGUGAAUUUCUUUAGAACUACGAUACUAACAACUGUUGCUAGUAGAAUUGAAAUAAAUAAUGCUAUUUUUUCAUUGGUCAUUCUAUAGUAGGCGAUUGUUCUAAGUGGGGGACGGAGGGUAGAUAAGUUUUGUACUUCUUCUUCUAUAAACAAUACCUUUACAACUCAUAGAAAAUUUUUUCUCUUUUAAUACAAACUAACUUGUACCAGUUUUCCUAUGAGCAUUCAAAUAGUUGUCACUUAAAGAUUUAAUAGAUCUUCAAAUCCCCAGAGUAUUCAUCUUCCAGAAAAGAGCUUUAUUCUCACAUAGCUUAAUCUUUUUGAAUAAAAUUCACCCUAUUAUCAUUUAUAAUUAUCCUAUUGAAAUCUAUUUCGUGCUGGGACAAUGCCAAGAGGUAUAAAUGUGUAUGAAUAGAACAUGGAAGAGAGAGGAAGUUGGCGGGAACCUCUAGUGUUUUCAUCUGACCUACCCGGAUACGUUACGUAACGCUAAUAAAAUAAGUUACUAGAAUAAAAUAUUUGCCGUUCUAAAUUGUCUAUGAUCAAAGAGACCCCUAUAGUGAAACAAGAAUAUAACUAUCAUAAUAGUCUCUAGUUACGUGUUGGACUAUACCGUUUUAAAUUGGAGUAUUACUGGCCACCUAAUGAGUCAGGAGUAGUCCAUAUCCUCCAGAUGGCGGCGGCUGUUCUUCAAAAGGAAGGAGAAGGAUGAAAGCAAUAUAUCACAUGGGCUUAUUGAAAGUGCUUUCGUCAUCCCCUAUACUCAUUUGAACCUAAAAAAUGUUAUAUUAAAU